AUGUCUGGAGGCACCGACGUUAAGCAGCGUGGCCUUGCCAUGGCCAUCGUCGAUGGCGGCUGUGGGGGUUCGCCAAUCUUGCCCGUUCAAGGGGAGGAGAGGCGUGGCGUGUUGGAGACGCAGGCGAUUGCUUUGGGCGAGACUGGCAGCAGGACAAAUCAUGACCCCCGUGUCGCAAGAGGAUAG